AUGAAUGUGUUGGCUACUCUUAGCCAGGUAUUGUCACGAAAUGGCAUCAAGUCACCACGCUUAAGGCAUGAAAAAUUCAUGCUCAGCAUGUUCGAGACGGCAACAAAGCCAGAUAAGCCCAAGACAGUUGAGGGAGUAAUUGAGAAGGCUAGGAAUUCACUUAAGAAAGUGAAGGAUAGAAAGAAAUGUAUACCCAAGGACAAUAUGAAAGUGGUGGGGAAGGGAUCCAAUUUUCAAAAGAAAGUAGUCAAAGAGUACCUUUCACCUUUACAGGUACAUGAUUUCGCGAGGCACAAUAUCCAGAAUGAUUACGAUAAUAAGAAAGCUACACGGAUGCACCAGAAUGCGAAACUCAUCGAUAAGUCCAAGAAUCGUCAAGAGAUAUUGUUUAGCAACUCAAGGCAGUUUGUGGGUGAUUUAUUAGGCGCUCUGGUAGCCUGUAACCCGAAGCACGUUGAACUGAGCUCCGAUUUUGUUCUGAGGCAGUUUCCAAGAUGGACAAUGAAUGAGGUGCCGCGAAUACCAAACUUUAAUUCCAACCCCCAUCUUUUUGAGGAUUACAUUGGCAUACUAACUCACACAAAAUUUCUUUACAAGAACUCUUCAUCGACUAAUGGUAUAGUGCCGAUGAUUUUACGGAAUUUGAUGCAUCCAGCUAAUCUCAAAACACUUUACCUGAGGACCACUCGAACCUACAAUGAUCUAAUUUACUAUUUUUGUGAAAGGUUUGACUUUGCAUCUUGUCGAGAGAUUUUUGCGCAGAUGAAGAUUGAAGGUGUACCACGAAACACUUUAACAUAUAACCUUAUGCUCCGAAGCGUAUUGAAGAAUUCACAUAUUAGGAAAUCCAAACCGAUUGAUGGUGAAGUUUUAUAUUACCUGAGAAAUAUGGCCAAAAAUCAAAUUGAAGCAGAUGCAGUGACUUGGACCACAUGUUACAACUUCUUGAAUGAAAAUGUGUCGAGAUCAAUCUAUGUGGAAAAAAUGCAAGAGCGAAACGUUCCCGUAACCGAAGCCUUUGUCUACACGGUUCUUCGCAAUGGGACCUAUAGCUCGAAGCAAUGUCUUCAAUUUCUAGCGAGCAACAACGUUCCAUUGAGUUCAAAAAUUUUCAAACUGAGCAUCGAUAGACUUUUACAGGAAGAGAGAGCCAAUGUUGCAUGGUUGUUUUUGGAGCAUACAGUAUUGAAAAGAGAUAAGGACUUUACGAUAGGCACAGAUACGCUUAAUGCAUUCCUUCGACAUUUCGCCAGCAGAGGAAGGCUCGAUAUGGCGAUUACAACAUUUAAUACGUGCGUCCAGGAUUAUCACAUGAGACCGAAUGACCAAACUUUCGAGAUGCUAUUCAAAGCGCUGACCACCAAUGGAUACACCAAGAAUUUUGCACUUAUACUUGACUAUUUCAGGAAAUUGAGGAAAGCACAUAAGCUAGGUGAGCGUAACAACUACUGGUUAGUCAGAGCGAAUGCUAUCUCAAAAUUCAAUGUGCGUCGGCUUGAUACUUUCACCAAGGAGAAAUUCAACGAAGCUAAAGCAUUACUGGAUGGACUGAAGUGGAGUUCAACAUCUGGUGGGUUUACUACAAAGAUCUGGAAGGGAAAUGGGUCUUCUAUUAGAAAGAUUUGCCGAUUACUUGGAUGCGUGCCAACACCACUCAAAAAAGGUUCAACUGUGAAGGUGAAUGCAGCUGCCAGAACAAAGAAAAAGAGAUACCGGAAAAGAAUAAGAUGUAUUGCUAUUCAAAGCGCAAUGCGCAAGAGAGUUCCAUUUGCUAAAGAUUGGUAUGGCUCAUUAAGGCAGGAGUUGGAGCUGAGAAAAGUGAUUGAUACUUCUGAGCAAGUAGAUCAUGGAAGUACGUCGUAG